GGUACCGAUUUUUAUAUUUUUAUCAAACUACGUGCCAUGUUGAGCUUUGUGUAUAUGUUAUCAGUCGUGUAUACAUUUUAACUUUUCGCUGGUGGAUUUGUAAUGUUUUUCUCUAUGGACUUAUCGAACUUUUUUUAGUCUAGUCAAACGUUAUUAGCACACUGCUGUAUGGCAACUUAUAAACAUAAAUUUAUCACAAAACGUUAAGUCUAAUAAAAAAUUACUGUAUUUUGUAUUUUUGUCCGUAAAACGCAAUAUAAUUUAGGUUAGCGGGAGUCCGUGAUAAUUGUGCCGUUGUAAUAUAGGUUUUUCCGUACUUACUAACAUAAUUAUUCUUUAUUUUUUAAAGUAAAAAUAAAUAUCAAAAUUAUGAAUAAUAUUGCGACGCAGAGAAUCAAAAGGGAAUUUAAAGAAGUCAUUAAGAGCGAAGAGCUUGCUAAAUGUUCAAUCAAAGUUGACUUAAUUGGUGAUAGCUAUACAGAAUUAAAAGGUGAAAUUGCUGGCCCACCUGAUACACCAUAUGAAGGUGGUACAUUCUUUUUAGAAAUUAAGGUGCCAGAAACAUAUCCUUUUAAUCCACCUAAAGUUCGAUUCAUGACUAAAAUAUGGCAUCCAAAUAUUUCAUCUGUCACUGGAGCUAUCUGUUUAGACAUUUUAAAAGAUCAAUGGGCUGCAGCCAUGACUUUGCGUACUGUACUGUUGUCUUUACAAGCACUUAUGGCUGCUGCUGAACCAGAUGACCCACAAGAUGCUGUUGUUGCUAAACAAUAUAAAGAGUAUCCAGAAAUAUUUGCUAAAACAGCUAGCCACUGGACUAAUGUUUAUGCGGGAGGUCCAAAUAUAAAUACAGAUUUUGACACAAAAAUUCAGCGUCUUAUAGAUAUGGGAAUAGAACGUGAUCAAGCACGUGGAGCAUUGUCUACUUACAAUUGGGAUUUGGAACGAGCUACAGAACAACUGUUUAGUUAGAAUGGACUAAUUGUUUUGGAUUAUGAUUAAAAUUAUAAAUUUAUCAUUAAAUCAAUGUAAAAUAUUGAACAUUAUAAUGAGUUUUUCUAAACA